AUGCUUUAUUUCAAUAAAAUAAAAAAAACUUUAUUUAAUAUUAAAAAACGUGUUUUUAGUGGGGUUUCUUUAAAUUUUGACGCACCUCUUAAAACAAAAAAUCCAAAAAACAGGCUAGACCUAUAA